AAAAAAAAACAGUUUUGAAGGUUUUUCGACGCCUGAGAUCACUUGUCAACGAUGUUUCUGUCUGGGCUUUUUUUAUCAGUGUGUUCUCUACCAUUGUUUACUCUUUUCCAUCUGAUAAUUUCUCAGAAAUAAGAAAACCAGAAAGAAAUCGUCCAACAAAUUCACUCGUCGCCGCCGACAAACAGAAAAAGUUGAGUAUUUUCAGUCGUUACUGGAAGAAAAAAAGUCGCACUUAUAUACCGCCGAUGUAUGGAUUGGUUUAUGCUUCUGCUCAUGAAAGUGGAAAUAAUUUUUUUUCUGAGAAAGAGAGUGUAAGAACAAGAAUAAAAAUUUUUUUCGAGAAAGAGAAUAUAUGGGCGAGAACAACAAAUUUUUUCUGAGAAUAGAAAGAAUAAUCGAGAAAAGUUGCUCUCAUAACACUAAUGAUCGGGUAAUGUAAACUUAGUCGCUAAAAAUGAUGAAAGUCUUUGGCAGCUACUAGCUGAUAUGAUUCAGGUUUUUUAUGCAGUACUUCAUCAAAGAACCCCACUUUAAAUCAUGGUUGACCCAAGAUUUGAUAUUUAUCCACACAAAACUAAAAGUUUUCUCAAAAACAGUUUCUAGGUCUGUUUCAAUAAAUGUUACUAUUUGUUGCCGAUAGCGACAAAAAAUCUUGACGUCUGUACAAAUUUUUUAUGUACUGCACAAAUUUAUCAAUUUGACGUAGUAGAAAACACUUAUUUGACCGUACCAUAGUCUAUGGAAUCUGAGCCAAAGAUAGUCUUUAAUAUACUCAAGCCGUGUAAUCCCAUCAUCUACGAAUAGAUGCUAGCUAAGCCUUCAUUUAUUCCAUCCACGAGCCUACCUAAACCUUUACCUGUCCAACCUAGAGUAGGCUCGAGCAUACUCAGGACUUGUGACCUCUCCGUUCAUGUUCAUAUUACAAAAGUGACAUGAACGAUGUAGUUGAUAAAUUAUUGUUCAUGUAUGCCCAUUUUGUUUAGUUACAUAUUGAUGUCUAAUUAAACUUCAUUUUCUAUUUUAUCGGUAUAUUUUGAUAAACCACAGUGAAAUGAGUAGUAAAAUAAAUUCUAUAUAAUUAUGUUUUUUAAAAAAUAUAUAUCACUUAGAGGAAAUUUUGUCAUCAGUAACUUAGUAGAAGAACAUAACGAGUGAUUAGAUGAACGAAAACUUCAGUUCUCUUUGAGAGAAGACCACUAAUUCAUUUCCUGACUUCAAUAAACAUCUUCUGAUUUUUCAGUAAAAGUCCCCUGAUAAACUUCUGAUUUUUCGCAAAAAACUCCUGGUUUUCGAAAUUUGGAUUUGGCAGCCCUAGUGCGGGUGUGUGGGUGUGGGUGAGUGUGGGUGGGUGUAAAUACUCUCUUCAUCCGCACCCUCCAUUUCAAAUGGAGUGCACGCAUCGAUACUCAUUGCUGUGUGAUAGAAAGUAGUUGACAUUGUUCAAAAACAGGCAAUGGUAAACAAUGAUAGGCUUCCUGCAGUAGCAACUAAGAAGGUAAAACUUGAAUGAGCAUGAGUUUGUGACAACUUUUCUGUAAGAUGAUAUGAAAAAUGAUAAUUUUCAAUAUACUCAUGAUUUCUCGAAUUACAUACCGGUUUUAGAAAAUCAGACAUAUUCAUCUUAUUUCUCCAAUAGAAGAAAGAAAAAAAGAAACUGGUGAAAGAUUUUGUUUAGUGUUUCAUUGAACAUGAAUUUCGAAGAAGUCAUUUAUAUAUCACGAAAAGAGUAUUUUGAGAGCGAGUGCGUGGUGCCGGGUAUGAGUAUGAAUGUGGAUGGUGUGUCUGUGGAUGUGGAUAUGAAUGAAGAGAAGACUCUUACUUGGACCAUACUGACAUCCACACCCUUUUCGUCGCAAUUAAACAAUAUGAGAGUCACAUGAAGGUAAGGCGCACGCAAUGCGAAAUUCGAGUGAAAAUUUUUUUUUGCCUUUUUUUUAUAUCAUUUGAUAGAGUGUGAGUUGCUGAUCACGAAAAACAACUUUUUACCUUAGACAAAUACCUUUUUCAGGUCGAAAAAUAUGCAAAAUUCGAAGGACGUCGGAUUUUUCAAAAAACACAGUUUUUCCAAAAUAUGCCUUAUAUUUUGCUUCGUGUUUCGCUUAUGCUUUUGUAAAUAUUUUUUUCAGAUUCUGCAUGUAAAACUGGGUCUAGAAGAGUUAUUAAAUCGACUUCACACACAAAACUUUCUUGGUAGUAUCGCUCCGAAUCUUAUUGAGUGCACUACGUCCAAGUAGAUUUUGUACAGCUAUCUAAUUUUUCCAUAUAAAUGAUGGAAUCAAAUAUUUUAUCUCAUUCGAUUCAUCAUACCACCUCUCACAACGCUACGGAUCGGUUUUUCUCCUUUUCAUUCCUGUAUUAAGAAAAACCGGUUUUACUGGUAUCAUACCGAUUUUAGGCAGUAUUCAACGGUUUUUGGUUUUAAAUAAGGCUUUUGAGUAAAAACUAAAUACAGAUUCUGAAUCAGCAUAAAAAACUAAGUCGAAUGAUGUAUCUUUCAAGCUCAUUUAACAACUUUCAUUUUUUGACUCAUACACAAAAAUUGUCCCUCACCUAGGACGCCUGAGAAAAUGACGAAAAAUGAAAGUUGUCAAAUGAGCUUGAAAGAUACUUCAUUCGACUUAGUUUUUUAUGCUGAUUCAGAAUCGGUAUUUAGUUUUUACCUAAAAACCUUAUUUGAAUCCAAAAACCGUUGAAUACUGCCUAAAAUCGGUAUGGUACCAGUAAAAUCGGUUUUUCUCAAUACAGGAAUGAAAAGGAGAAAAACCGAUCCGUAGCGUUGUGAGAGGUGGUAUGAUGAAUCGAAUGAGAUAAAAUAUUUGAUUCCAUCAUUUAUAUGGAAAAAUUAGAUAGCUGUACAAAAUCUACUUGGACGUAGUGCACUCAAUAAGAUUCGGAGCGAUACUACCAAGAAAGUUUUGUGUGUGAAGUCGAUUUAAUAACUCUUCUGGACCCAGUUUUACAUGCAGAAUCUGAAAAAAAUAUUUACAAAAGCAUAAGCGAAACACGAAGCAAAAUAUAAGGCAUAUUUUGGAAAAACUGUGUUUUUUGAAAAAUCCGACGUCCUUCGAAUUUUGCAUAUUUUUCGACCUGAAAAAGGUAUUUGCAUAAGGUAAAAAGUUGUUUUUCGUGAUCAGCAAUUCAUACUCUAUCAAAUGAUAUAAAAAAAAGGCAAAAAGAAAUUUUCACUCGAAUUUUGCAUUGCGCGCACCUUACCUUUAUUUCGAUUCUUUUCUUGCGUAUUCGUGCAUGUAACAUGUUUUUUUUAUUAUGAGUAUACAUUUUCGUUCCUUAUCUACUAUUUAUAUCGUUAUCGAUCGUAACAAGCUGGUUUUCAUUUGAAAAGAAGGUCACACUGGACAGUUUUGCUAUGGAUCCACGAUUCACCGACGAAGCAAAGGUCUUCGCUCAAUUAUUUACAUCACUUCAAUCAUCAUCGAAUGCUUUAACGCCUGAGUCGUUGCGAACAUUUUUCGAAGAUCUAUGUGCUAAAGCCAAUGAAAAAUUAAUUGGAACCUUCAAUGGCAACCUUCAAGAGAAACAUGUAAUGACAAACUCUGCCGAUAUACCAAUCAAUGUUUAUACUCCAACGAAUGUCAACAAAGAUAAAUUAGUAGUUUACUUUCAUGGCGGAGCUUGGAUAUAUGGAAGUAGAAGAACGCAUCAAACUAUUGUUAAUCUGCUUGCAGAUGCCACAAAGAGUAUUUGGAUUUCUGUCGAAUAUCGUCUGGCUCCCGAAUAUAAAUAUCCGAUUUGGUACAAUGAUGCAUGUGAUGUAACUCAAUAUAUCAUCGAAAAUAAAGAAUCCUUUGGUGUUGAUCGAACAGCUAAGGUUGGUGUGGCGGGUGAUAGUGCUGGAGCUAUGAUUAGCACAUCUGUUUGUCAGACGGUGAAAGACAUUGAUUUUCAAAUUCUUGUUUAUGGCUGGUAUGAUUUCACUUGUGCAACACCAUCUUUCAAGGAAUUUACAAAUCAACAAUAUUUUGUCAAACCUGAAUUGGUUGAUUGGACCAUCAAGAAUGCAUUUAAUGAUGGAUUUAAUAUAAACGAUUCUCGAAUAUCCGUCUUUCGCAAUACAUCACUCGAAAAGUUACCACCAACUUUAUUGAUUGUGGCUGAACUAGACCCAAUUCGAGAUGAUAGUUAUACAUAUAAGGAACUUCUUGAUAAAGCUGGUGUAAAGAACAAGCUUGUACUUAUCAAAGGUGUUCUUCAUAGAUUUUUUCCUUUACCCGGAGUUUAUCCAAAAGCAUGUGCACAAGCUAUCGAUGCUAUCCGAGAAUUCAUGUCAUCAAUCUCAUAA